AUGUCUUCUAUGCGCAACGCCGUCCAGCGUCGCUCCCACAGGGAGCGCGCUCAGCCUCUGGAGCGCCAACGUUUCGGCCUCCUCGAAAAGCACAAGGAUUACUCCCUCCGUGCCAAGGACUACAACAAGAAGAAAGCCACGAUCAAAUCCCUGCGCGAAAAGGCCGCCGACCGAAACGAAGAUGAAUUCUACUUUGGCAUGCUCAGCCGCAACUCCAUGGGUUCGCGCCUCAAGGACGGCAGAAAGUGGUCCGGUACCGUCGCCGGCGACCGCGGCAACAAGGCUAUGGACAUGGACACGGUACGGCUGCUCAAGACGCAAGAUGUCGGCUACAUACGCACCAUGCGCAACGUCAUCUCCAAGGAGGUGAGGCGUCUGGAGGAGCAGAUUGUCCUGAUUGGCGGCAUCGAUGCGGCGAACCACAACGGCGGUGACGACGACGACGACGACGACCUGAAUUCCGACAGCGACGCCGAAGAAAGUGUCAGGAAACCCACCGGACCGAGAAAGAUUGUCUUCCUGGACGCUGCGGAGGCGGAGGCCAAGGCAAAGUCCGCUGACAAGGGACCGAUGGAUCUGGACGACGAAGAAGGAGACGAGGACGAGUUGGAAGGGUUCGACGACGCCAAGGGUGACGGUGAAGGCGACGACGAUGCCACGGAAAGCAGGGAAAAACAAGUGGCGCGGUUACGGCUGCAACUACAAAACGCCAAGAAGAAGCUCAAAGUCUUGACCAAGGCGGAGCAGGGUCUCGAGAUACAGCGGGCCAAGAUGGCAAAGAGCGCGACCUCGGGCGGCACGACGAGAAAGGGCAAGAAGAUCAUGGUCCGGGCCCGCAAGAGGUGA